AUGGCCACCAGCAGUGACAUGUCUCUCGCUUCCAUCCCAACUCCUCCUCAUUGCACCGCGGAUUUCUGCUUGAUUCCUAUUGGCACUUCCUCUCCGUCAGUAUCGGCCCAAAUUGCAGAUGUCCAACGCCUCGUUGAACAAUGCGGCUUGAAGUACGUCAUGCAUUCGGCCGGGACAACUCUCGAAGGGCCCUGGGACAAAGUACAUCAGGUCAUUGGUCAGGCGCACACUCUCCUACACCAGCAGGGAAUCGUGAGGAUCCAGACUGAUAUCCGGGUUGGUUCGAGAACCGACAAGGUCCAGUCCUUCGAAGACAAGGUUAACAAGGUCCGCGAGUUGCUGGGGAAGUAA